AUUCCAUUCAAGGUGGGCCUAAAUGGACGUCCAUCCAUUCUACAAGAGGCUGCGUGGAUGGAAAUGGAAUGGACCGCCAGCCUGGACUGGCUGCGAUGGGCGCCGGCCAGUCUGCACUUCGUGCAGCAUGAAGACUUUGGGAGACCAGUGCGCCUACCAGGAGAGAGCCUCAAGCUCAACAACCCCAACUCUUUCCGACGUCAACAGCCGACUUCAAAGCUUAGAAGUAAAAGUCCUAGGGGAUCCGCACCCGCGCCGGAAUGUCGCCGUUGCCCCCCCAGCGUCUGGCACCGCAAUUCCAGUUCCUUCGGAGCAAAGUGCGAUGUAUCAAUCGUAUGACGCCGAGGAGGAGAUUGUCUACGGCCCAUCCUCGAACAUUUCUUUCCUUCAGGAGGUAAUCCAACUGCAAGACCCUGAGAUUGGCACGACACAACCUUCCCAGUCAACAGCUUGUCCCAAGGAAAGAACCAUUCCAGACCUCCUGGGCUUCACUGUAGUCCAGUCGCCUAGUCUCGCUCAUGAUGUGAAUCCUGUCUCACUCCCGGAGCGUCGGUUUGCAGACGCGCUUUUUCGUUGUUUCUGGGAUUAUAUACAUCCAGUAUUCCCUAUAUUGCACCGGCCAUCCUUUGCUACCAUGUACGACCAUUUAUGGCAGCAAGACAUGCCUUCAGCUUACCAUUACAAGCAAACGAAUGAUGAUGUCGUAUUUCACGCGAUACUUAACAUGGUCUUGGCCCUUGGAUGCCAACGCAGCGAACAAAUCCCUUCAGCGCAGAGAAACCAGUUUGCCGAUUCGUUUUACAGACGAUCUCAUCGGCUGAUUUCUAUCGAGACCCUUGAUUUCUCAUCCUUGCAAAUAGUGCAACUCCUUCUUCUGCGAGCAAUCUAUCUGCAUUACACGACAUAUGCCGAUCGUUGUUGGAACAUGGUUGGUGUUGCUCUGAGAGUGGCGCAGGGCCUGGGCUUGCACUUGGAGCAGACCACCUCGUCCAAAAACCAAUUGAAACGAGAAAUGAGGCGCAGAGUUUGGCACAACUGUGUUGCUUUGGAUCGGCUCUCAGCUACGACUUUUGGCCGGCCCGUCCUUCAUUGUAGGCCGCAUGCUAUUCCAUUGCCUGAGCCUAUUGAUGACGAAUACCUAUCAGAAUUCGAUGGAGGCUGUCAACCUGAGAAUUCUCCAUCUCGCAUAGCCUUCUUCGUAUACAACAUGAAGCUAUUCGACGUUCUGGACGAGAUUCUGAGCAAGUUCUACUCACAUGGGUACCAAAACAUAGCCCAGGAUGAAACAACCACAUCUUACCAGUAUUUGAGCGAUGUUCCUAGGUUAUGCUCGGAAUUGGACCAAUUUGUCGAGGGUUUGCCUGGUCAUCUUAAAGCUGACCGUGACAUGGGAGCUGUUGAAGAUGAAUCUGCAAGUUGCUUCCAUAUGCAAGCCAUGAUUUUGAAAUCGAGGGUUUUGUACAUCCGACUUCUGCUGCUACGGCCCUCGCUUCUCAUCGAAACACGACGAAGCGUUUCGAAUCAACGUUCGAUCAACAACAAUGCGACUGGUUCUCUUCAAAGGUCCUAUCUCAGGGAAAUAAAUCGUUUAUGCGUAUCGACUUGCCAUGAAGUCCUCGAGGAAGUCCAUCGAAACCUAGGUAGCUUAAGACAGACGUCAGCAUGGCACACGCUUCUCUUUACUUUCGGAGCUGCAUCAACGCUUCUCGCCGCCAGUCUCUGCCCCGAUUUGGAAGUCAACCUGGAUCUUGACCCCGCUAAAACUUCCUGGGAGAGAGCCUUGCAAAUAUUCGAGUUCCACAAGUCACACGUUGAAUCCGCAGCAAAGGGCAUAGAAGCACUGGGGAGAUAUCGCCUGCGAUUUUCUACAUUUGCGAAACAAGAUCAGUCCGUCGCCUCCAACGACGGCCAAAUCGCUGGUCCUAUACUAGGACUUCAAUGA